AUGUCAGGCUCUGAUCAGGUGACUCGCCGUCUUCGUUUGUAUAACCGUAUCCUUCAAUUCGGUUCUCCAGUUGAGCCUCGUUGUGAAUUCUGUUUCCUCCGUGGGCACACGUGUAUCAUGGAUUCAAAAUAUCAAAAAUGUGCUGAGUGCACUCGUCGUGGUCGCAAGUGUGAGCGUCAAUUUCAUGAUGAAAAGGAGUGGAAUCGUUUAGAGAAGUCCCGCAAGGAGUUGCGAGAUAAAAUCCGAAAGGUUCGUGAGUCGAUUGCUACUUCAUAUGCCACCUUGAAUCGUCUUGAACGUCAAGAAGAGUAUUUGAAUGAGCGUGGUAGUCGGAUGCUGGUUCAUGAUUCGAAUAUGCUGGAAAGAUUGGACGAAGAGAAUCCUCCAAGCGCUGAGGAUCUUCAAGAGCUUGAGCGUUCAGCCAAUGAAGAGGCUGCUCGAAUUGCGGCAGUGUCGAAGGAUCUUAGUUUGUCUCAGGUAAUGGAUUCUCCUUCCUUCUGGGAGAAUUUCGACUCUGCUGUCGCUGGUGGUAUUCCUUCACCAACUGGUGGCAACCAGUCAAGUUCGCGAUAG